AUGUCGAACACGAUGCUCAAGCAGACGACUCAGGCCGUCGUCCUAAGCGUAACCUCAAACAUACUUGCACAAGCUCUUACGGCAUACCGAGAAGACAAAUCCUUCGCCCUUGACCUCCCGCCCAUCAUCCGCUUCACCCUCUUCACAGCCCUCAACACCCCUCCAAACAUCCUCUGGCAACAAUACCUCGAGGAGCGAUUCCCAAGCCACGCCUCCCCCUCCACCACCACAGCCAUCGAGCCGCUCUCCGCCGACGAAAAAGACGCACCCAAUGGCAUGCUUCAGAACGGUGACACGAAGCCCACCACCACCUCUCCCGCCCACUCCAAAACCUCCAGCAUCAACAUCCCCAACAUCCUCACAAAAUUCGCGCUCGACCAGACCCUCGGGGCGCUGGUCAACACGGUCCUCUUUGUGGUCGGGAUCCGCAGCCUGAGCGGCGCGAGCACGGUCGAGAUCCUCACGGCCGUCAAGACGGAGACGUAUCCGCUCAUGUCGGCGGGCUGGAAGCUGUGGCCGCUGGUGUCGCUGCUCAGCUUCUCGGUCGUGCCGGUCGAUAAGAGGGUCCUGUUUGGGAGCCUCGUGGGGCUGUUUUGGGGGAUUUAUGUUAGUAUUUUGAUGACGUGA